CAUACACCAUUUAUAUUACUGUUAAUAGUAUAUUAAGAUCUAUAUGGGAAAAAAUAAAACACCUAAACUUUACCUUCUACUUGGCCUUGACCAAACAGCCACGACUCGGGAUGUUGUCAAGGCCUACAGACUCGCAGCUCUUAAAUCUCAUCCUGAUAAACUCCAAGGACUAAGUAAAAAGCAACAAGAGGAGGCUAAAAAUCACUUUGUGCAGCUUAAACACGCCUAUGAAAUCCUAAAAGAUGACCAUAAACGCAAGAACUACGAUGAAUUUGGCUGGGAAGGUGAAGAGGAGGCUGCUUUUGCAGCUGCCUACGAGUUUUACAGGACUCCAGUAACAGAAGAGGACAUUGUCGACUUCUCCAAAACGUAUAAAGGAAGUAAAGCUGAAUCUGAAGAUCUUCUUGAUUUCUAUAACAAGCAUGACGGAGAUUUGACGAAUAUAUUAUUCUCAAUACCUUUAUCGGAUGUCGAGGAUUUAGACAGAUUUCUUGACUUCUUUAACAAGAACAUUAAGUCUAAGAGUCUGAAAUCUACCGCAAAUUUCACCAGAACUUCAAAGCCAAAACACCUCAUGACCAUGAAAAACAAAUACAAAAAGACCUGUAAAAAGGCUGAAAAAACUGAAGAUGACAUGGAUUUUGCACAACUUUCAGCUCAAAUUAUGGCUAACCGUAAAAGGAGAAGUGAUAACUUUUCAAGCCUAAUUUCAAGCCUAGAAAAUAAAUACGGUCCAACAACCAAGAAACUGAAAUUAACGAAGUGAGUUACAUUUGGUGGGAAUUCUGGGAUUUUUCC